GUCCGUGCAUGUGUGCAAGUGUGUGUGUGUGUGUGUGUGUGUGUGUGUGUGUGUGUGUGUGUGUGUGUGUGUGUGUUAAUAGGUAGGACGAAAAAAAGACGAACGAAGAAUCAUUAUUAAGCGGUUCCGCCGUUCCAGUAUCAGAGAAGUGAGAUCCGCACAUCUGACCUAACGACUUAUUCAAGACUUGGCCAGCACGUGAAUAAUUAACAAUGCCCAAAUUUACUCUUUAGAUCCAGCGGAGUUUGUCCAGCUUGGGAGAGGAGAACCGGACGAUUGUUCAGAAAUACCUGAGGGAAAUGAAACUACGCAAGAAAUACCACAACGAGUUGGUGCAACUUAGAGGAAACAUCCGGGUGUUCUGCCGAGUCCGGCCUCGGAUCAGAGAGGACGGAGAUGAGGAGGGUGACCUUGUUGUGACCCCUGACAUCGAUGAUGACUCUUUGCUCAAGGUCAACAACACAAAGGGCAGAGAUCAACAAUAUGACCUCGACAAAGUCUUUGGUCUGAGUAGCACCCAGGCACAGAUAUUUGAGGAAGUGUCGUCUCUGGUCCGCUCUGCAAUAGACGGCUACAACGUCUGUAUCUUUGCUUACGGUCAGACUGGCUCGGGAAAAACCUACACCAUGGAG